AUGGGCUUGCACCCACAUCAGAAAGCUGCAUUUAUCGGAAUGUCCCCUGCCCAGUCGAUAUAUAUAAUUAACCUCUUGACCAUUUCCUCAACACAGCAUCAUUCCAGUGUUUUCAAGAUAAAAAAUUCUCCUUUCCUCAUAUACCCAUCGAAAGCCAAGAUGAUUAGUUCAAGAAAGCUCGUCAAGAUGGCAAGGAAGUGGCAAAGGCUGGCUGCCCUUGGAAGAAAACGAAUUACAAGCCCUAGAAAAAAUGAGGAAGCUAGUACUACCUAUAACCGUUCUUCUUCUAUGGCUGAGAAAGGCCAUUUUAUUGUGUACACAGCUGAUAAAAAGCGAUAUGCUUUCCCCAUAGCCUAUCUGAACAAUUACAUAUUAAGGGAGCUACUCAUAAUGUCAGAAGAAGAGUUUGGAUUACGAAGCGAUGGACCAAUCACAUUGCCUUGCGAUGCUAUAUUUUUGGAUUAUGCAAUUUCGUUAAUACAGAAUAAGGCAACAAAAGAUGUUGAGAAAGCUUUGCUUAUAUCCAUGUCUAAAGUUUACCUCAGGACAUUUCUUCUUGAUAAUCUUAUGGUUUUGUAA